AUGUUCCUCCUCGGCAAACUCAUUUGCGCGCUGGCGGCCACGCGCCUCAGCGCGGCGCUGGAGCUCGUGGAAGCGACAACGACAUCGGUAUCCCUCCCCACCGCUUCUGAAUCUCCUUCCGAGCCACCACCGGCCUCGGACAGCCCCUACAGCCCCGGCUCGAACUCUUCCAUUGCCUCCAUCUCCUUCUCCGGCAACGGCUGCCCCCAGAACGGCGGCGGCGUGGGCCGGUUCGCCAACUACACGGGCAACCUGGUGGACGGCCAGGAGAUUGUCUAUCACAACUUCACGGCCGUGCAGCAGGGGGCCGCGUUCCCACCCACCGGGAGGACGCUCAACUGCCAGAUGCACCUGAGCGUCACGGGCGGCGACAUGGGGUGGCAGGUCAGCCCGGACGUCGUCAGCUACGGCGGCUUUGCCGUGCUGGACCCGGAGUCGGCGGUCAGCUUCUUUGUCACGACCUUUUGGUCGCAGGACGCGUCGUACACUUUCACGUCCCAGACGACCCUCUCCAACCCCGGAGACACCAGGGCGUCGCGCUUCGUCGGCACCAGCGUGCGCAGCGAGGUCUGGUCGCCCUGCGUCACCAGCGACGGCGGCGCCGUGGGCAUCUUCAACAUGAACUUUCGCGUCUCCACCGUGGGAGGCGGCGGCACCGGGCUGGCGUACUUUGGUCCGCUCGAGCUCAUGGGGCGCGAGGUGGCAUUGGUCAAGGAGCAGAUCACGUACAAGUGGCGUCGCUGCCAGCGGUGA